UACAAUUUUCUCCGGAAGUAAUUUGAGCAAACUGAGUUUUGAAUAAUUUUCAACAUUUAUUGCUUUCAUUCAUGCGGCAAAAUAUAUAUUUUGUUAUUGAGCUCCUACAGAGAGCGUGCUGUGAGAGCGAAGAGCCCAGUAUAUCAAGUGUGUGAAAGGGGAAGGAUGACAACCCUGGUCAUUCUGACAGCUAGUCUGAAUUGAAGAGAAGAACGACACACAUGUGAUUUAGAAGAAGAAGAUGUGCAGAAGAUCGGAUAUCUUUAUAACUAUAGGUUAUUAGUGUUCAAUCAGCGUUUAGAGUAAUUUAAGCAAUUUAACUCUACCAUGCAUAAAUAAACACACCAUAAAAUAACACGUUCGUGUCAUUCAAAUGUUAUUGUGCCCUCAAGAGCAGGAACAAUGCGUUGCCAGCUGAUGAUCUGUGCGGUUCUCGGAUUAUUCCUAACAUUCCCCAUCAAAAUUAACGAUGCCGUCGUCUUUAAAUUUACAAACAUCGUCGGCGAGAGUUACAACCAAUCCUGGUUCGUGUACCACAACUAUCGUCUGAAGGCCGUCAGUCGAAACAAAGUGCUCCUCAAUAUUAAUGGGACGAUACUACAUCCGGUCAACGAUGCAUCAAUUCAUGGCAGAAUUUUCAAAAAGGCAAACGGCUAUAAGCCUUGGCUCUUCGAUAUUUACAUUGAUGCCUGUCAGUACUUGAGAAAACGGAAUCAACCUGUUGCUAAUAUAGUCUAUGGGCUCUUCAAACAGUUUAGUAACAUAAACCACUCAUGCCCCUACGUGGGUCCACAGAUUAUCAAGGACUUUUAUCUAAGACCUGAGCUACUGCGUAUUCCCAUGCCAACAGGGGAUUAUUUAUUGGCGCUUCAGUGGUACUUCGAUAAGAAGCUACAGUUUGACACGAAUGUUAGUUUUACAUUCGUGGAGGAUCUAAUGAAGAGCAAAUAGUGGGAAUCACUGUUAGACGUUCCCUGAAAAUCAACAGAUACAUAGAACAGUAGAAAAUGUGUUGUACCGAUUAAUUAAAUAUAUGUGUGGUCUAAUGUUAGGAUGCAACGGAAACCUUUGGGAUGCGGUCCACGCUGAUCGUCUGUGUUCUUUUCGGAUUGUUCCUAGCAUCAAUCUUCAGUUACAACCUCUAUAUUUGAGAUUGGAACUAUUACGGCGCGAUAAAAAGUAUUCUCUCCGGAAGUAAUUUGAGCAAACUGAGUUUUGAAU